UUCACCAGGCACCGCGCCCCGCUGAAAAGAGCGGAGGAUGGAGGAUCCCGAAGAGACGGUUUUUAGAGAUAACAGGUGGCGUUAGGUGCAGACAAUUCUUCCCCCGUUUUCGCGUUUAGCAGUCUUUACAUUUAUAGAUUAAGCCAACAAAGGGCGAUUUUAGAUCAGGCACUAAAACGAUUUAGGAUUAGAAGGGGAGAAAAAGAAGGGAGGGUGAAUUUUCUGCCGACUUUGUUCGUGUGUGAAGAGAUGAAGAAUUGAAACUUGAAGCAACAGAGAGAAUAAAGGGAGGAGAGGAGAGGAGAGGAGGGGCGUUUUAUUGUGGCGAGGAGAGACACAGGACAGGAGUCUGGAUCUCUCCAGACGCAUAUAGGACCUAUAAUCGUCUCUGACAGGCUGCAGGAUCGAUCUGAUCCGCAAGAUUCCGGAUCAAAUGCAGAGCAGUGAGGGCCAAGAGGCAGAAGGACCCGCAGAUUCUGCAGACAUGUCGCUGGAGAAGUGCUUGGAGCUGCUGAUAACAGCCAAGAGGGAAGGCAGGGAGGAGGAGAAGGAGCGGCUCUACCGCCACAUGAGCGACCGCUACCUGGAAGUGCUGCGGACCCCCGGUGUGUUCGGCCGGCUCACAGCCGGGGAGAGGGAGCACAUCCUGGCCCGGAGGAUGGAGGGGCGGAAGGUGCUGGCGGUGGCUGAAACCAGCGAGGUGUACGAGCGGGACAGCGCCAGGCGGCUGUUUUGCCUCGAUACGGAAAGCCAAGCGCGCUGGCAGUGGGAGGAGCUGACCCGACUGCCGGAGGAGAUCCCGGCCAAAGGCUCGGCGAUGUGCACGCUGUACAACUACCUGUUCGUGGCGGGCGGCAUGACCGGCGCCAAAGCCUCGGAUCGAGUCUUCUGCUUCAACCCGAGGACGCGCCGGUGGAGCCAGAUCCGCCCGCUCGGCGAGCCGCGCUGCCAGCUGCGACUCGUCUCCAUGGACGGGCAUCUGUACGCGGUUGGGGGGGAGUGUCUGUUCACCGUGGAGCGCUACGACCCGCGCGCCGACCGGUGGAGCACCGUGGCGCCGCUGCCGAAGGGCUCCUUCGCCGUGGCUCACGAGGCGACCUCGUGCGGCGGCGAGCUGUUCGUGUCGGGCGGCUCGCUCUUCUACCGCCUGCUGCGCUACGACUCGCGGCGAGACGAGUGGGAGGAGUGCCCGUUCAACGAGAGCCGGCGCCGAUCCACGGACAUGGUGGCGCACCGGGGACUCGUGUACCGCUUCGACGUGGAGCGCGAGCGCGCCGCGGUGAGCGUGCACAAGUACAACACGGCGGCGAAGGCGUGGCACGGAGGAGCCAGCUUCCCGCUCGCGGAGACGCUGCCGUUUCGCUGCGCCGUGCUCGGCGAGCGGAUCUACUGCGUGAACCGGAGCGGCACGCUGCUGUUCGACGUGCGGGAGGACCGAGAGGGCUUCCUGCCCGACGCGCUGCCCUCGCCGCCGGGCACCAGAGGAACGCUCGUGCCUUUCGUUCUCGCUCUCUAACGCUACGUUUACACGUUUUAUAAACGUGACAUUUUAACCUCUACGUUUUCAUAAAUAACAUCGCACACAGCAGCUGU